AUGUUUUACUCCGUACAGCUGCUCGUUCGAAGAGGAGCGAAAUUCUACCUAGUCUGGUGAGUCUGUCAAGAGUUUAAAUGAUAAACACUUUCCUGAUCUUAAAAAAAAAUACUAAUAUGUUGUAACUGUGAGGCUUUUUAUAUUUAAUCAAUUAAUAAAAAUUUUCUUCAAUUUUAAUGAAGAACGAAAAUUUUUUCACUUUCUUUCAGGAAAAUGGCUAUGGCAACAGCAGGUCGACGAAAAGCGAAAGAAUCUGUAAAAGGAAAUGUGACUCUUUCUAAAAUAAACAAGACAGAUAUUUUAGCGGAAAACGUCGAGAGCUUAUGGUUGGUUUUUUUUUGAACAUUUUUUAUUCCCAAAUGUUAUCAGCAAAGAAAUCGUCGAGAUGGUGCCUCAAAGAACUGGAAGGAGCGUUUCACUCACCGAAGUAGACAAGAAGUUCUCACUUUACGUUCUUGCACAGCUUUUGUUCGGAACAACUGUCCUAUAUGAGAAACAAGUCGAUAUAUUGCAAAGUGGAUUUUUUUUUCUUCUCUAUAAAGAUCCUCUUUUUAGGAGAUGUUGAAUCCCUUGUGGAAUCUAUCAAAGUGAACAACUUCUUAUCCAAAAUCGUAUUAGAAAAGUAGGAUCAAUUUUUUUUUACCCCCGAUUUCUAUUUACUCCAGGGAACAGAAGAAAAAAAGACGUCGUACGCAGACUCGUCACAUACUUCCUGAGGAUUCAGAAUCUGAAGAAGAGAGAAUCGCAGUUAUUCCAUCGCUUGAUGACCAACACAUGGUUCAUUUCUUUAUUAAUUUUUUCUGUUCACUGAUUUUCAGUUUGAUUUUUCAAUGGCUCCUCCGGCUUCUAUCACUCUGCAAGAUGACACACCGUUCUUGUGGAAUCCCACUCGAAUGUUUCCUGAAUGCGACGAUCUGACUGCUCCCACUCUCGAGCAAAUUCAGGACUUGUGAGAUUUUAUAUUGGACUUAAAACAGUUCUUGUGUCUAGUGAACAGCAAGUUGGAGCCACUUUUGCUGAUUUUUUUGCCAGUGAGCAAAGCGAUCGUGGUACAGUUCGGAAUGCACAUUCUUUUGCCCCUGUGCGUGGAAAAAUAGGCAUUGUCGUGAAAAUGUUUGUUGGUUUAGGAAGACAGAGUUUUCAAUUUCGACGAGAUUCGUGCUCCAGGCGAAGAAUUCGAUAGACCGCUUAUUGAUGUUCCUAUUCCAGCUUAUAUGAAAAACGCAGAUGAUCUCAUCCAAGAGCAAAAUAUUCCUCAAACACCUGUGUUGGAAGCUGAAAGAGUUCGCGCCGGUUCUGCCAAUCGACCAAUCACACCUCUCGAUAAAACAGGGGUGGCAUAACUUUUUUUUUUUGUUCAAUUUCUCCUAUAUUUGUAGGAAACUUUGCUCCGAAGUGCAGGUCAGAAUGACUCUGCAUUGCAUACUCCGGGAAGAUCCGCUAAGAAACAGAAAGUCGACGAGGUUUUCGUCGAUCUGUAAAUUAGUGAAGCAGUCUUUUUUCAGUUCACCACUCUAGCACUUCCUGAAUCUGUUCCUGACCUUCCUCACCAAGCAGUCCGUAGGAAACGUCGCAGAGAACUCCACCAACUCUCCAUGGUUUAAUUAAAAUUUAUUUUCAUCGAUAUUUUUCUCCAGGAUGACAUGAAGCACCACCGUGAAAACUACACUUCCCUUCUACAUGCUCCAGAAGAUCUGCGCGUGAAGUUCUGCCGUGGACGUUGUGAAGUCAAGGACGUUUUUGACCCAUCUCCUUACUUGACUUACGAAAAGCGUAGGAAAAGUUAAGUUUUUUGCGCAAAAGUAGUUUUUACAGGUUUUGCUGUUAACCUUCGUGAAUUGUACAAAACUAACGUGAACUUCCAUUGGAACAAGGGAACUCGCGUGAGACAAGAAGACGAGGAAAGUCAAUCAAGUGACAACGAUUUCGUGAGUCCUAAUUUUUUUUUUAACUAUUGAUGGUAAUGAGUUAAUAAAAAUUUUCAGCGUUCUCGCAGAGCCGACUUCGAAGAAGAGCUGGAAGAACUGAAUCUUUUCGAUCCCCAUUUUGGCAAGAGCGUUCUUCGUGAAUCGCCUGCGUUUGUUUCAUGGAAAAAAUCAAAUUUAAUUCAAUUCUUCCAGCCGUCCUACUGGAGAUGACCUCGACCAAACCAGAAGGGAAUUCGAUGACCGAAUGGAAUAUCCCGUCCCAUUUAAUGAGCAACCACAGCCCCUUGAAACAUUCGACAAUAAUGGUUUCCAGGUAAAAAUUUUGAGAUAAAAAUAUAAACCUUAAGGAGUUGUUGUAUUUAUUUGACCUCUACAGAUUGAGAGCACCAUUGAGAACGUCCGUGCGUCUGACGCCAGAGCCAGUAUUGUUCCUCAAAGACGUAUUAAAAAAAUUUUUCAAAUUAUAUUUAAUUUUUUUCUGUUGUUCCAGAAGACUAUAACGGCUCCCUUCAAGAAGCAUACACCAUUGAAAAAGAGAGCGAACCUUUUGCAAAGUCCUACAGCAGGUUUGGGCUUAUGCUUUCUUUGAUUGAGUUUUUAUGUUAUCUUAGGUCUGGUCCGCUCGAUUUCAGAUUGGAAAAGUCGAAGGAUAGGAUUCUAGAGUAGUUUCGAAAUUUUUUUCAAUAAUUGUUUUAAUUUUAAGGCUGGCUCGAUAUCCUGAGUGGACUGACUUUGAACAGGUUGUCCCUAAGGACGAGUGCAACCGACGAUUGGCAGCAAGGGCUUUCUACUCACUUCUUGGUGAGUUGAGAACAGUUUUGGUGUUAUUUAGUAGAAGAAAUUCAAAAAAGUAUCUUUGGGUCAUAAAUUUGUAUUAUUUUAUUAAAGCUGUUUUUCGUGAAUAAGUUCAUAAUAUUUUCGUUAAAGUUUUAGAACAUUUUUUCAAGGAAAACUGUUCUCAUUUCAAUUUUUGUAGUUUUUCUGCGAUAUAUACUUAGCGUUUUCACGCUAGUAAAAUUUACCAUUUCUCAGAACUGAAGAAAUCUCAUGGUUUGGAAAUGAACCAAAAAGAACCAUUCGGAAGGAUUCUCUAUCGGAUGCCCCAGGAGUCGAGUGAAGAACACACUCUUGGAAACGAAUCACCUGUUUGUUUUUUUUAUUAGUCUUGAGCUUUUCAAAUUUUUUUUUCAGGAAAGCGGAGAAGAAAAUUAA